AUGGAUUUAGCUUGUAGAACGGUGGAUCUGCUCCCGCUCUCACCAUUCAUCACGCACGGUAAGAGCAGAAGCCCUCGUUGGUCCCCUAUGGUUCCUGAUCUGGAGGUAGGUGAUCCGCCGCCCCCCAAAAAGCGCCACGAUGAUGAAGCAAUCCAGAGGAUCUCCACAUCCGUCCACACGCAGAUACUUUCCAAGGCCUCUCUUUUCAUUCCUCGUGGUGAAUUAGCUUCAGAUGAAGGUCUGGGUUCCGCCGGUGUAUAUGUUGUGGUCAUCAGUAGUACAAGUACGGGCAAGUUCAGCUCUUGCCCUUGCCAAGGCGAUACAGUGGAUCUCAGGACUGAUUGGCUUAGAGAAACUAUGGAAUCUGGUCUUGAUGUCGAUAGGAACUUGGCUGAAUCCUUUUCUUGGGCAGCGGCGCAUGGCCCUAACGCGCCUCGGGUGCAUGAAAGCCAUAGCUUGGAAUUGCCGAGAUAUAUUUUCUCUUCCCCCAAUAUCAGCACUGGUCGUCCUUUCCUUGCUACUCACCUACCUCAGGAUUCUUUGGAUCCCACUUAUCUCAUCCCAGAUAAGAAUGAAGUUUUGCAGAUUUUGAAGGAUAUGAAGUUGAAUGCCUCUCCAGGACCAGAUGGGUUUAAUGUUGAAUUUUAUCUAGCUGCUUGGGAAUGGAUAGGUGAGGAAGUUACUCACUUGGUGGUCAAUUUUUACAAAACAGCCAAUCGUCUUAAGCCGCAUCUUCCUGAUUAUAUUGACCCUGCUCAACAGGCCUUUAUUGAGGGUAGAAGAAUUAGUGACAAUAUCAUUAUUGCGCAGGAAAUCACUCACUCUUUUGCCCUUAAAUCUUGGAACAAUCAUGCCUUUAUGCUUAAAAUUGAUCUUGCUAAAGCUUUCGAUCGUUUAGAAUGGAACUUCAUUGUUUCUGCUCUGGCACGUAAAGGGUUGCAUGAUCAUUUCAUAAAUUUGAUCUACGCGUGUAUUUCUUCUCCUACUUUCUCUGUGGCCAUUAAUGGUCAACCUUCGCACAAAUUUAGAAGUUCUAGGGGUAUUCGUCAAGGCUGUCCUAUGUGCCCAUAUUUGUUUGUGAUUGCCAUUAAUGAGUUGUCUCUUGCUCUCAAUGAGGCUCUUGCUACUAACAAUCUGCAGGGAAUUUCACUUGGACCAAAUUGCCCCCCUAUUCACUCUCUGUUGUUUGCAGAUGACCCGCUUGUUUGUGGGCAAGCUACUGUUCAGGAAGCUACUUCAAUGGCCCAACUUAUCCACCAUUUCUGUUCCAUUUCAGGUCAAACACCAAACUGGACCAAAUCUGCUAUAAUGUUUAGUUCUCAUGUUAGUCCAGCUGUCAUUCAGGAGUUAAAGCAGAUUUUCCCUGUUCCUAAUAUUGACAGCAAUUUUUCCCACCUUGGUCAUCCACUUAUUCUCCCGGCUAAGAAUAGAACUGCAGCUUAUAAUUUUGUUCUCGAUAAAUUUGUAAACAAGUUGCCUACUUACAAGGCCAACAUGCUCUCUCAUGCAGCUAGGCUUGAACUGAUUCGGUCUGUUUUCUCUGCUAUACCUGUGUACUAUAUGGCCAAUAUCUUGUUUUCGAAGAAAUUUUUAAUCAAACUCACUGCUAUUAUUAGAAAUUUUUGGUGGACAGGUGUUAAGGACAAUAUUUCUGGCAGGAGUCUUUGUCUUAGGGCUUGGAAGGAUAUUUGUAACUCUAAGCAAGAAGGUGGACUUGGUGUUCGAAAUUUGCAGGCUAUUAAUGAAGGCCUGAUCCUCGCGGCUGCUUGGUGCCUAGCAAAAGCCCCCUUUUCCCAUCUUCAUCUUGUUCUCAAGUCCAAGUAUUUUUCUGAUGCUUCCGUCUGGACUGCUAGUUCUACCACUCCAAAGUCAGCCUUUUGGUCUUCCAUCCUUAAGAUGAUGCCUAAGCUCAAAGCUCAUUCAUUUUACCAGUUGACACAAGGAUAUUCAUGCCAACCAGAGACAUACUCCUUCACAAGUUCCUUUGCAGGUGAAAGAUCUUCUCAAACUGAUUUGGAAGCAAAAGAUGAUGAUUCCAAGGGUCCAAACAUUCGCUUGGAGACUCCUCCGGAAAGCUCUGCCUACAGAUGUGGCCAGCAAGAAGAUGAAAUGCACCUGUUCUUCCUUUGUGAUUUUGCGAGAGCUGCUUGGUUUUCUCACCUGUGGUUCAUUAGAACAGAUGUGAACGACCAUCUUUUUGACAGGAAAAAAGUUUUCCCUUACCAUGUCCAUAUUGCUGCUACUGCUCUGUCUAAUGAUGCAAAUGAUCUUGGAAGAACAAUUAAGUCUGACCUUCUAGUAGCAGGGCCAAAAGUAUAUUCUGAUGCAGCUUUCCAGUGCAAAAAAAUCCCAGGUUUACCACAAGGUGCUGCUGCUACUGGUAUUGGUGUUUACCUCUCCUUGCCGCAGGAUCAUAUGGAAGUUAAUGUACAGAUUCAAGCCUCUGCUACUAUCACAAAUUCUCCUUUGCAAGAUGAAGCUUUGGCCCUUCUUUUAGCAGCUCAAGUGGCCAAAAGGCUAUGCAUUUCUCAGCCCACUUUCUUUACAGAUAAUCUGUCUUUGGCGUCAUGGGCAGCUAGCCGAAAGAUUAAGGAAUCUACUACUCCUUGGACUAUUAGAAAAGUUCUGGCUGAUUUCUUCUGCUACUCCUCAGAUCUUCAGUCUCACGUGUUUCACAUCUCUAGGGAGAUCAAUGGUAUUGCUCACAAUGUAGCUCACCAGCUCAUCGGAAUAUGUCUUGCCCUGUAG